GUUUUUGAAUUUUGAUCAGUUGUCAAUGCCAUUGUCAAACCUCAAAAAUGGCUGAGGCUUGUCAGAUAGCUCGAAAACAAGAUUUGCCUCCUCCGGGAGGCUAUAAGCCUAUUCCCUUUAAAAGGCUGCCAGCGAAGCAAUACUUUAGUGGGUAUGCUAUGUUUGCUGGCUAUGCUGGUAUGACCCUUGUAUCAAUAUAUUUGUACAAUUUGACCUGUAAAAAAAUCACUAAAAAUGAAAUUGAGAUGCGCUCUGCCAAAAUGGCCAUUUACCCUAUGUUGUUGGCUGAAAGAGACAGGGAAUACUUGAAACAGCUACGCAGAAACCGCGACGCGGAAGCAGAACUAAUGCGUGAUGUGCCUGGAUGGGAGGUUGGUACUUAUUAUGGUGAGCGUGUAUAUAAGCUGCUGCCACCAGAUGCUCUAGUUGAGCCCAUCUUCCAUGAAUACUAUGCACACAGCUCUCCAACUGAAUGGUUCAAGAGGGCUUACAUCAAAUUGCAGUCUUAAGUGCCUGUUUUGAAAUAUUCAUAAACUGAAUUUUGAAUAAGUCAGUCAUUUAAAGUUAUCUAAUAAGCACUUGAAGAAGUUGUAUUGAUGUGUUCCAUUGCAUUGUUAUGACUGACUUAAAUACAUAAAAGGUAACUUUAGUUGAAAUAGAUGUUGAACACAGUUUGAUAUUCAAAUAUGGAACAAAAAUGGAAAAUGUAGUUGCUUAAUAAAGGCUUAUUUAUUAGUGA